CAUGAUUCAUAGCCGAUAGAGUCUUCGGUCAGCUGCACGUAUUCGUCACCAUCCCCCAAGCAAAAAAACUUGUGUAUACUGCACAACACGCCAACACGCAGUGUCCGGUGGCGUUCCUCAGGCCAUGUCAAAAAACGACACGACUGGGGAAGGACCCACACCGCCUCUAUACACACAGGUCACCAAACGUCCAGCAGAGAGCAGACAGACAGGCUAAACGAGCAAGACAGCCAAGACAUGGCCAUGUACAUCCACUCGUAGGUACGCAGAGCAGCACUGGAAAUGGGGUGGCCUCAUCCUCCUUGGCUGGCAGCGAUGCGCUGGGCUCUUUCGAAGAGUGCGUUGCACUCGUCCUCCAGCACCGCUCCCCGCACCAGGGUGGGCGGCUUCCUGAACGACUCACGAAUGACCGUCCUGACAUAGACAGCACCACGGUGGGGACAAGAAGAGGUCAGGAGUGGGCAUUCCUUCUGCUUACGAGGUGCUGAUUUGGAUCUGGUUGUAGCCGUACUGGGUGAGCUUCUCUGAGAAUCGGAAGACACGCAAGGUGACGGCAACGGUGCAAUGCGGCAAUGCAUGAUUCACACUUCAGGAGUACUGACCGAUGCUGGUGCCGUAACAGAUUCGAUGUAUGUUGCCCGUCCACUCGAUGGCGCUCGCGCACAUGGCACAUGGCUCGCCCGUCGUGUAGAGGGUGACAAAGCGGCCGCUCACCUUCCCAUUCGUCUUCCUGACAGGCACACACAGGCAGACAGACUCUCCCAUACACGUGAACGAUUGUGUGCUUCUUUGCUAUGCACCUGAGAAGCUUCGCGAUGGUCGUGGUUUCGCCGUGGUAGAUGGGCCUGCACAGAUGGCACACGAGCAUUGCUCAGGCGUCAUCCUGCGUUUCGUCUGUUGUGCGUAUUCUCACCCGAUGUAUGGCGGUUCGUUGUUGUGGCCGCGCAUCAGCUCCACCAUCUCUCUGUCACUCGUCUCAUCCACGAUCAGACAGCCGAAAGGGAAGCGGGGCUGCUUCUCGCCUUCAGAGAUAGCUACUCUCAUGGCCCUCUCGUCGUAGGGUCGCACCAACAUGUUCUCAUCGGUGCCAUCUGCCAUCUCGCGGCCCAUUUGUCGCGUUGCCUGCUCCAGGAUGCGCAUGGGGAAUGGCAAAGGCGGUUCCGACAGAUCUGCGAGCUCAGCGAUGGUGCGAAUGAUCGAACUCAUUGCACGCGCGCAUUUCGAGCGAGCGCUUCAUUGACCCAUAAAAUCGAUUAAUAACAUAGCACGCACCACUCAUCACGUAUUACGCAAUCAAGCCCCCUGUGCGAGCGAGGGGCUGAGAUCCACAUCUAUCUCUCCUUCCUCUUUUUCCCCAUUCGAGACCAGGAACCCAUGCAGUUUGCGAAUGUGCAUGCACAGAUCCGCGUACUUCUCCAGCCGCACCGUCGGAGCGUCUUGGCCCACGGACAUACCGAACACUCUGCACAAAACACAGCAAAAGAGGGAGAAGCAGGUGUGCUUUCUAUCGGUUGCCAUGUGCGUUUUCAUGUGCGCGAGACUCUCUUGCCUGUAGAGUAUGUAUUUGCUUCUCUUCUGGAGGGCGAAUCGGAGCUCGUUCAUCGACAGGUCGAUGUGUUCUUUCGUGCCGCGGGAAGUCGAUUUCACUUCGACCACUUCGCAAAGACGCAACUGUAGCAACCAUGACGACAAGGCAGACAGGACACAAUGCAUGUACGGAUGGGGCCAGCCCGCGUGCCGCUGGUGGUGCCUCCCCGCGUACCAGCUGCUCGUCGUCAAGAAGCUGGCGUAUGUGCAUGAUGGCCGGGCAUCCUCGUGCAACCACAAUGUCGAAGGGCAGACCGCUCUCCUCCUCCUCGUUGACCCAUAUCACGCAGCUCUCGUCACGGCCAGCCUCCUUCUCCACAUCUCUCAGGUACUCGAACACAAUCCUCUCGCCCGCACGACCGAUUUCACCUCGCGGGUCCUCUCCAUCGACCGCCAGUUCAACUGCCGUCUCGCCCUUGCUGCUGUGGUUGGCCUGGUAGAUGUCCUGCACGAGCUUCUGCAGCCCACCCAGCUGCAUUUGCUCCCGCGUCAGGUCCCUCUCGUCCGCAAUGCCAUGAUACACCCCACCACGCCCGUGGCAGAUCUUCGAUCUCCGCAUCUUCCUCCGGAUGCUUUGAUCACGGAAUAAGUUGUCUUGCUGGUCAUGUUGCUCGUGCUGGUGCCGACUGAUACUGCCGCCUCCCCUCCCCCUCCCCCUGGCUCUGCCUCUCUUGGCUCGGUCCAUCAGGUUGGUCAGAUGACUCGCCGACAGCUCAAAGGACACCGCCUCGCCGUACUCAGGAACCACCAGCGGCGCUGGAGGUGACUGGUGUUGCCGUGGCUGUUGGUCACCUUCUACGUCAGCCACUGCACCGCUGCCAUACUGUCUUUUGAAGCUCUUCGGCAGGCGCUUGGGCCUGUCGUCAUUCUGAUCUGGCUGGGCGGGAGGGUCCUCUGGCAGCUGGCCCUCGAGCAGUGUGCCGACACUCACAUUCAGAGGUUGCUGGGACAGCGGGUCGAAGGGAGCCGCUGUCGGGUUGAGGGUCGAGGCCGCGCUGACGCUCUCUGCCUCUGCGGCGUUGUCACUGGAUUCGUCUUGUGGGUGUUUCUGCUUGGCGAGGGAGGCGAGAAGGUCAGCGUAGCGCUGCAGGGGCGUGGGAAGACAUACGCUGGCGGGCAGGAGGACCUCUGGCUCGUCGGACGGAGGCGCAAGCCAGUGGCUGGGGGCCUGACAGAAAGAGAUGGAAGCAAUGGGAGCAGAACUUUGUGAAUCGUCGUCCUGUUGUGAUUCCAUACCUGAACUGGUGAUGAGGUGUGCUGGAUGGCACCUCGUAGCUUGUCUCUGAACUGCUUGGCGCAGAGUGCGCCUGACACGAAAGUCACGUCACCUCCUUUGCCGCUCUCCACCAGCUGCAGCUUCUCCUUCAUCCUGGCUGAGUCGAAUGCCGUGCAGACGAAGUCACUAAUCGCUUGCAGACACCGCGUCAUGUGUUUGGCGACGUCGCCCCAGAGCUCUGGGGGGCUACCCCGUGGCAGCACGCUGCCUCGCGCCAGCACGUCGACCACCUUGGCCGUCAGCUGCCCAGCCACGGCCUUCAGGUACUUCUGCAGCCCGUCGUUGCUGAGCUUGUGCAGAUGUCGUGAUGAGUCCCAGUCACUCGGCGUGGUGAGAUAGACCUUCGCACCGUCGCACGCUACAGAUGUCUCCAUUGUGGUCACAGGAAGGCUCGCCCCAUUGACGGGAAGGAAGACGCUCUCCUUUACUCGCCUGCAGAAGACGACCUCAGAGGGGCAGUUGUCGGCCGACAAAAGGCCCCAGAGGCACAUCCUUGUCCGCUCGAAAAAGGCGUCGGCCUCCUCCCGCCGGCCAAUGCCAUGUAAGAAGCUAUCCGACUGAUCGACUCGUUGCCGAAGGGCGCCCUCCACAGCAUGGAUCAACAGCGCCAGCACGUCGGCCGCCAGCAGCUCGGCAACGUCACCAACUUGGAGUGCGCAGAAGCGUUCGUCAGUCGGCUGCAGAAGCGGCGAAGAGGGCCCGACGUGUCUGAGCAGCAUGAAGGGUCGGGUCGCCAAGUCACUGGGGUCGAUCUUCCGCUGCGCCACGGUGGACAAGCGGGGCACAUCCAGCGCCUCCAGCAGGGGAAGCAUGUUCUCGUCGGAAGUCAAGCGAUCACGUGCAGCGCUGCCUCCGCCAAAGAGGACAAUGGGCUGGUCUGCGUCACUUGGCGGCUGAAGGGCCUGUCGAUGGAAGGCAGGGUCGAGAGGCGCCGAGGCGUCGAGGAGGUCAUCGAAGAUGACGCGGUAGCGGGUCAGGUCGACGAAGCCCUUUGCGACGUUGCCGACGUUGUGAUCGAAUGCGCGCCAAAUGCUGAAGAGCACAGGGGGAACACUGUGUCCCAAGGCCACUUGCUGGCUGAUGUGCAGGUUACCUUGCCUCACGCAGACCGCGACUCAGUUGAGGUCUGCCAUCAAGAUUCAGGUGGCCUUCCCGCGCUUGGGUGGAGAGCUCCGCCAAGAGCCUGUAGAUAUAGGGGAGACGAAAAUAUGUGAAUACUCUGUCGUAUUCCGCGUACCGUUUUAUUUCGCCGAUGACUACAUCUCUGCCCUCCCGAAACCUGCUCUCCGGUGAGUGAAUCAACCUCCCUCCCAACAGCUCAGGCUUCGCAUAGUCUUCCGGCGUGCGAUGACAGCCAGCCUUCUCAAAAAACGGCGCCAGAUCGAUCUCGUAGUAGUGGUCAAGAAAUCGGAAGCGCGUCAUGGCUUGCUCGUAAGAGAACCUGCCGUGUCGGCGUUCGUUGUAGCCAGGUAUGCCAGACAUAAGGAACGUCUCCACAGAUGACUUCCACUCGCCGUCAAACUCCUGGAACAACACAUACGGAGCGGAAAUAUCGCAGUUGCACGUCUAGAGAUCGUUUCUCGUCCGUGACGGCUUACUUUGUCAAGUUUCUUUUUCGCCCACGGCCUCUCGAUGGGGACCCAGAUGCCGCAGUGUUUGUCAAAGAAAUCGCGAAUCUGCAGCACAUCAGACAAUUGGUAAGAAGAUGUGCACGAUGUCUCCUUGCUCAGUCACCUCUCUGGCAUCCUCCAUCCUGUCCAACAGGCAAUAGACGCCGGACAUCACCCCAAGAGUUGUCCUGAUUGGGGCACCAGCGUCGUCCUGACCGUCAAGUGGACGAGCGCCCCAAAGCUUCAAGAGAGACAACACGGGCCCUGGGUGGUCGAGGCUGCUCUGCACCCCCAGAGCAGUCAGCGUCGGCUCCAUCUCGGCAAACGGCCUCCCGGAUCGAGCCAAGUAGGGCGCGAAUUUCUGGAAGAUCUGGACCACCGGACGCUCGGGCAGCCACAGGUCCGAUGGCCGAUGAAGCGUUCCUCUGUCCGAAGGGAGCCACGGCAGGACUCGAAGAAGGACGAAGAAGGAUGAGUGAAGCUCCGCACCGGCGGCGGACUUGACCGUGCUCACGCUGUCGAUCUCGUCCUUGCACGAGUGCAGCACGGAGAGGAGCCGCAUCAGCCUCUCCUCCACCUCCCGUGACACUUGGCCGCCCGUCAGUCCGACAGCAUCCACCUCAUCGGAUCGCCGGACUGCCUCUUCGAUGGCCGGCGAGGGAAGGAGUGCCAUCAGCAGACGCUCCAAAGGCACGCACUGGAAGUCCUUGAUAGUGCUAGUGGCCGCACCGCUGUCCACUCCUUGAGGACACAGCUGUUGUCGCCAGACAGCUCGAGUGAUGCACUCGAAGGGCCCACCCUCCUCGCCAACCGAAGGGAACAGCGAAACUCUCCGUGGCAUGACCCAGCAGAACCGCCGCACACCUAUCUCCUGCAGGAACCUGGCCCACUUCUCGCGUGUGUCGUCCCUGUGCGGAUGCCCGCCGGCAUCGAGGUACACGGGGUGGAUGAGCAGCCAAUCAAUGGGCGCGUCGGGGGGCUCAAGGCCAAACACAUCGACGGUGGGAUCAAGCGUCUUCGAGAAGAGCAUUGGCGAGGUGAGGGGGCUGGCCAGCACCAGCUGGACGUCAGAGUUGGGCUCGUCAGUGGGGAUCGGCUUCAGUCCAGCGGGCAGCUCAUCAUGUGGAUUGAGAGUGCGGUAGGUGCAGAUGAGGCGAAGGGACACGAGGAGUUUUUCGACAGCGUCGCGAUUCGGUAGCGAUGCAAGAGACUCGUGGCCGCCGAGGUCGUGGAGAUAGCAUGCGACGCUGGCCCACACCUGCACAUCACCACACCACCAACGAGAGAUGUGCUUUGUCGGUGCGUCUGCUUGGUGGUCUAUUCACCUGGGCGUCCGGCUCGUCAUUCAGGUGCUGCGCAAGGAAGGCGAUCAACAGCUCAUCCGUGGCGUGUUUCACACCAAACCUGUGGCAGAACACACAGAAAUUUCGGUGCGCCCAUGAUGUUCCUGUCGCUACCUGCUUACCGUCCGAGCAGUUCAACAAUCCGUGCCUUCUCAUCGUCUUCCCUCCCCGCCCACAACGCCGGGUCGACAGUGGGCAGCUGAAUCUCGAAGGCGUACUGCGACUGGUGGGUCUCGGCACACCAGUGCACGCCACAGUUGCGCCACAGAGAGAACCUCUCGGCAUCAUGCUCCCCCUCCCAUCGCGGCAGGAAGAGCUGACACGCGUUGGCCGCCAUGCGGUGUCCUCCACGGAUGGGCACCAGCGGCAGCCCCUUCAUCUGCUUCAUGUGGGUGGCCUUCUCCUUGGUGUUGUGACGCGUGCCGGCGAUGGAAACGUGUAGAAUGAGGAAGACCUUGCCGAGCCAGUCGAUGGGCUUCUCCACCAGUUUGCCCGCCUCGUGAAGUCGCACCAGGUAGUUGAAGAAGAACGACGCUGAGCCGACCUCCAUACCCAGCUGCCGCCCCCUCGUCUCAAUGUUGCCUUGUCGCUCGAGCAGCUGGGCGAUGGCGCGAUGCACAUACUUGAGCCCCAUCGACUCAUAGAGAUCGGCUGGGGGGAUGAUGCUCAUGAGAUCAUCGAGGCUGCCCGACGGCACCAGCAAGCAGCUGGAGGGCUCAUGCCACUCGCCGUCGGCCGUCAGCACCCACGCAAUGCCCUUCUUGAGUCGGGACUGGAGACCUUCGACAACCGGGCGGUACCAGCUGCUCCUGUCGACCGACAGGUCGGGGAAGAGAGGCAGCAGGCGGAAGAGGAAGUCGGGGGGCAGGUGGGUGUCCGGAUUGUCGCUGGCCAUGGUGCUCUUGAGGACGAUCACGGUGUCGACCAUCAGGGAUGCGAACUCGUCGCGGAGCCACAGAUUCCACACGUUGUCCUCCUUCACCGUUUCUCGGCUGCUCGUGACGGUCCAGUCGGCCUGCAGCGUCAUCUUCAUCGGCCGAGCGGUGAGAGGCAGGUAUGCACACACCGGCUGGUGGUCCAUUUCGCCGUCAGCCUUGAGAGGCACUGCCACUUGAAUGACGGUAGGCUCCACCCCAUCGUCAUUUUCGCUCUGAUCCUCACUCUUGAGCCGCCACGCUGUUAGCGUGGGCAUCCUCUGCUGCCUCACGACCAGCCAGUCCUGGUGCUCGUCAUCCUCCACCAAACGAAUGAUCUCCGCGUCGGUUUCGACACUCAGGCAAAGCGACGAGGUGGGCAGCUGGGCACGGUCUUGGCGCGCGAGCCUCCGGCGAAUGGCCGUGACUCGGUUGACUAUCGACAGCUGCCGCAGUCGAUUCAAAAAGAGCAGAAGGGGCGGAUGGAUGUUGCCGAGUUCCCUGGCGCAUUUCUCGAGGAAGGACUGCUGGUAGCGGUUGUGUUCCUUGAAGGGCAGGUCAAUCAGCGUCGUCCAGCUGUUGGUGGAGGCCUUGAGGCGCGUCUCGCGGUCGACAGUGAUGUCGAAAAGGAGCUCACCAUCCGACGGCUCCACAACGGGGUCUUGGCCUGAACACACAUCAGAUCACACACAUAUGUAAGCAGCACCAGUAUCGAGCUCCAUCACUCCACCCCCUCACCGUGAUGUGGCAGAAUGUAUCCAAGCCGCUUAUCGGAUGCAUCGAAGAAAAGUGAGAAGCCAUUCGAGCAGAUGUGGGGCGUGUUGCUGACACUGAACACGGACUUGAAGCCAAUGCCCUUUCGCCCGAUGAGCCCGCUCUCGCCCCUCUUGCGUGACUUGGUCGACGAGCCGACGUCACAGAUGGCGCGAAUGUUCUUCUCCUCGAAGCCCUUCUCGUUGUUGAACAGCCGAAUGCCGUCUUGAGAGAGGGUGAGCUGGAGACUGGGUAUGACGCCAUCAUCAUAAUGAUUAUCGUCCGCGUUCUGAAUCAGCUGCACACACAUACAGGACAGGGAACGGAUACUAGUGCUGCCCGGUGCGGUGUCUCUGUGUGUGCAUUCACCAUCCGACUCACCUCAAAGACAAAGUGAAAGUCCUUGUCGUAGAGGUCGGUGCUGAUCUUCUGCAGCAUCCUGCCCUGCCGCUUCUGGGCCUCGUCGAUGCUGUGCUCGACGUGCUUCCGCAACUCGGCCGACAUAUGCACGUCCCGCAACUGACUCUCCAGAUCAAGGUUCGAUCGGAUGUCCUCGAUCACAGCCCUGAAAACGAACAAGAAAUCGGCGUCAUGGGGGUUGUUCUCGCCAUGUGACGUGUUUCUCCCUACCAGCACUUCUGUCGCUGUGCAUUGAAAGCAGAUGGCUGGAUGGGAGCCUGAAGUUUCUCGAGCACAUCUGCUUCAUCAGGCGGCUCAGCGCUCCCACCGUCUUCUUUUCUCACAUUCACCGCCGGAGUUCUGCUCUCUGGCCGCUGUGUGGGCGCCUCAACCGCACUCAUGUGCGAGCUGCUGUUGGAAUACGACAACUCCUGAGCCACGUGCGUUGUAUCAUCGGCCGCUGUAGCCCCCUCACGCAAGGCCUCGAUCCACACAGGCAGAUCCACCGCGUACGACACCGCAAAGAGCCGCUGCUGAGCCGCAUGCGGGAGCCGGCGGACAAACGGGUCGCUCUGCCUCUCCCAAUCCGGCAUGAGCGCCUUAAGCGGUGCCAGCAAGGACGGGUGAAUGAUGUCGGACGACAUAGCGAUGGGUGGGGGAAGGGCCAGUAGGAGAUCAAACAGAGUGCGCUGGAAGAGCGGGAUCGACGUGCUGACUGUGCCGUCCUGCUGCUGCUGUUGUUGUUGUUGUGAUGCCGCCUUGAGGUUGGCCCAGAAUGUCUUGAAGGAAUUGGCCAGCAGCUCGGACGAGGUCAGGUUUCGCACUCCGCCAUUGGCGCAAAGGAAGGACGUGAAGUGAGAGGCCAGCCACCUGGAACAGCCAGAACGACACAAGGAGUCAUAAGCUGAUAGGUGAAAGACGUGUGUGCACCACUCACGUUGGCUUGUGGACAGCAUUGCGGUCUUCCAGGGCUCUGUAUAUGUCGGCCUUGUCACGAAUUGCGACUUUCACGAAAUGUCGGGUGCCAGUGAGGGGAUCGACACAAUGCAGCGCCGACACACACCUCUCAGCCAGGGCAGACCUGCAAUGACAAGAGAAUCGGACAGACCCAUCUAGCGGUCGUCACAACCUUCUGACCUGUGCUUCAGGAUGAAAGUUUCUAGCGGCCCGUGUGUCCGCUGCAAGCGGAGUGGCCACAGGAGUGCACUGCCGAUGCUCUCGAGCUCAGGCACCCUCCCCGACGCAAUCAGGUCAAUCACCUCCACCUCACUCAAGCAAGCACUCUCCUACAGUAGGCACAACCACAUCAGCAGUACAGACAUGGCUGUGUUGACCAGCAUUCCAUCGGUGCAUGAGUAAAUUAACCUUGUCGAGUGUCGAGGGAGGAGGUGCCAACAGACUGCCAAACACGAGACCACUUGCUUCUCCCACCUGGGCCUGUAAUAUAUAUUUGUCCAUGCAUGGACUUGUUGCUCCAUCUGGUCGUUUGCUUCGCUCUCACCGUGUCGUUCAUGUCCUGACUGGCCUCUGCGAUAUGCAUCAGGCUGCUGACAGGACCACAUCGAAGCCACGCCUCCUGCACCAACAGACACAAACAGAAUCGUGUUGCAUCACUUCCGAAGACCAAUCAUCGCUCACCUCUUCAAUCCUGAACUCGGCGCACAAAGCACUCGUGACGGCCUCACCAGAAGCAUCCAGGCCGUGUGUUGACGUGGCCGCGCCAUGCUGGUGCAGAAAGUGAGUCACGAGCGGCAUGGAGGGCAGCGAGGAAGGCUCGUCGAGUGGGCCGAGCGUCAAGUCGAAGCCCUUGUCCCUGAGCGGCUUCUCGUGCUCGGCGAUAAACGAUACGAAGCCAAGCGGGUACGCUGACGCGAAAACGUCAUGCUUACUCUGAGAAUGGGAAGCAAAGCAGUGACAAAGUGGAUGUGUGACAAGCGUCACGGGUCAUCGUCCACCUGUUCAGUGAGCUGCUUGUGAAUGUGGGAUAUGGCUCGCUGCAGCACGCCCCACGACAGCGGUGACGACACCUCACUCAAGUACGCCAACAACAGGUCGAAGACCUCAGCUGCACACGGAAGCAAGACACACAAAUGUACACGGAACCAAUGUGGUGUAUAUCGUCUCACCUUUGAGCUGCCUCUGCGUCUCUUCGUCCUCGAAUUUAGACACAUGAACGUGGGCGUUGAGCUGACGGAAGAGGAGCUCCUCGUGCAGCGAUGGGCCUGCCGCAGUGCUGUCGGAAGCCUGGAGGCGAACCUCGUCGCCGGCCUGAGAGGGCAGCGGCGCAGCGAAUGCCGACUCGACCUGACUAGUGAUGUCCUUGUACUGAGACAAAAACGCCAAAAACGAUGCCUGAAAGGACACAAAAAGUGACAGCACAAAGCGGCAUGAAGGACAGAUGUGUCAGCGGUGCCGCACCUGGCGGAGAUGAGGAAACUGCUGUGCUGCGGCACUCUCGAGCUCACACAGCCACCCAACCACCCCCUGCCGAUCAGCACCUUGCUCUCCCAUGGUCACCCGCUCGGCCACUGCCGACUUGAGCCACUCGUACGCCAUCUGGUUCACUAUCUCACGACUUGUCUGCUCGUGACGAACGGUAUCACCCUCGGUACCACCAGGGCCAGCAGCAGACAUGGUGUUCAUUCGGCCCGGAAGGGCGACGGGCGACUGCUCUGCCGAUUCAGGCCCGUUGCACACAGUUGAGGACUGCAGUGAGGGAUCUCCCGAAGACUCUGCCGGCGCCGUGGGAUUAGGCAUUGGUGACGCCGGGAGGGAGGGCGGCACGUGGGAUGGGAUCGAGGGGCUGCUGACGCUCGCCGGAUGCUCCUGCUGCUGCCUGUAGGCGAAGUAGAGGAGGGCGCCUAGCGCACAGUAGGUAGCAGGGGAGCAGACGUAGCUCUCGACGAGCCUUGCGACGGCCUGCUCGGCUGCCAUGUCCGGCUGCCCGUGGAGCAUCUCAGCAAACUCGCGACCGAUGCGCUGCGCGUAUUGCUGAUACUGAGAGGGGUCGGCGGCAACCUGCAGGAAAGGAAACAACGCAGGGCGGGUCUGACGGCGGCAUUGAACCGUUGUGCGGGUUUGCGAGUAUGUGUUGUACCAUUGUCGUGGCUCUCCGCAGGUCGCCGAAAAUCUGCCUCUUGAUCUCCUCACGCAACUUGUUGUCCUGGGCAGACAAACAAAAAUCGAUGAUGACAGUGCGUUUGUGAAGUCCCUCCGCUCAUGCACACGUGCGCUUACCUCUUCACCCUGUGUGGUGAGGAUGACUUUGGCCACAAAUGGGAAGCGGGACUCGUUGACGACCAAACCCAAAUGGGCGAAGUUCUCCUGACCGAAGUCCGCCUUCCUCUUGAGCCACCCCACAAAGCCGUCCUUGGUGCACUUGCCGUCCGCUGAAAAUAGAGGGGAAAUGUGCAAACUCACGUGAGUGUGAGUGUGAGUGUGUGUUACUUACAGCCGUGCUUCUUUUUGACGUCAUAGAAGUACUCGAUGAAGUGCUUGACCAGCUGCUGUCUGCCCACCGCCGUGGGGGCACGCUGUAGAGCCGCUGGCAAGUGGAACGCCUUCAUCACGUCAGGCAGCAACCAUAAGGGACCUACAACAACUCAUCAAGAGAUCACGCCUACUGAUGCAAUUCACAAUAUCUCCCUCCCAUGCUAACCUAGCAAUUCCAUGAGAUCCAGCUGCUUCUGCUUCUCAAAGUGUCGGCGUGCGGCCUGCUCGAAGUCCGUCACGCUCCCGAAGCUCUUCUGGAACGCGUAGACUUCAGCUAGGUCGCCAACGUCGGCCUCGGCGUCCCUCAGUCUUCUCAGUAUUGGCACGAAGAAGGGGCCCUGGAGCAUGCCCCUCUUGGUGGGCAGGCACACGCCUAGCUUACUGGCGUCCUCAAACCCGUAAGCCUGAGGGAUGACAGAAACGAGGAGGCAAAAGCAUGGUGCGUGAUAUGAGUAGAGGCUAGGCAUGUUGGUACCUGGCAUAUCUCCCUAAUGACAUCAAUGUAUCUCGCCGGCUGGCCGUGCUGCUUGCGGCGCUCAACAAUGUCGGUCGCUGCACGACUCACCUGCAUACACCACACACACACACACACACACUUGUGUGCACACAGUCCUUUACUUCUGCACACAUGCAUCAUUUUGGCCCUUCUGCCUACUUGGUUCCGCCACAUGAGUGCGUUGAUUGCAUGCACCGCAUUGAGAUUCACACCCAGCUGUGUGAUAUCAUCUAUCUGAAAGCUGCGCGCCAGUUCCUGACACAGCUCCUGGUAGAAGACCUCAUUAGAGGGAUCCUCAUAAGGUGUCUUCUUGCGAUGGGCCGAGAUGAGCUCGAUGGCGAUUUCGCUGAUCCGAUUGUACCACUGCUGCUGCUGCUGCUGUUGCUGCGGGAAGUGCUGAGGACCGCCUCGCCGAGGAGGGCGGAAGGGUGACGGACUAUCACCCUGUGAAUGCAUUUGCGAUAGAUCUAGAGUACUGUAGAAACAGUCAGUAGCUCGUCAGCCAGAUGCCUGCGAGAAGGAACACGUCAGCAGUCAUCCACAGCAGGAAUACACCAGUACUGUAGGAAUAGAUCAGACCACCAAGGGCGCCUCUUCGGCGAAAAAGCCACAGCAUCUUCUUACAGGUGUUCCUUCACAGCGGUGAAGACCUCGCACUAAUGUUGUUGUUGUGUUCUGCU